AAGCAGCUGUUGCCUGGCGGUCGAUUGCUUUGUUCAAGCAUGCCGGAGGAUGGUGAGGGGGAAAAAAAGGAGAAGGAUGAAGAAGAGGAAUCGGAACUUUUUGUGGGAGAUUGUGUGCGCAUUGCCGGCAGUAUGGCAGAAGUCAAAAAACACUUGGAGGUUGUGGACAUGACGUGGGAAGGAAGUUUCAUGGGAGUUCUUGGCAAGAACGGCGUUGUCAAGUCGGUUCGCUUUCAUCCGGGUGACGACAAAGCUCGACAGAUUUGCGUUGUGAACGUUCAUGACGGACCGGAAGUUUCUCUUCCAGGUGCUUCUCUGACAGUUGUUGAAGAUGAUGAAAGCGACAAGGAAAGUGUAGACAAAGGUAGUGAUGAAGAAGAAGAGGAGGAGGAGGAGGAGCGCGUGCGAGUUCCCCUUCGGGUCAAUAUGCGUGUGGAGGAUACCAAGAGAAAAAAGAAGAAGAAAGUCUGCAUCGGAGUGAUCUUGGAACUUGGUGAAAGCGAGACAAAUGUAAAGUAUGAGGACGGUCGCACCAAGCGAGUAGCAAACACGAGACUGCGGCCACUUGAGCGCGUGACACGGGACGCUACUGGUUAUUCUGGUGACAGCAGCUUCAACGAUUUUCGCUUCACCAAGAAUUGCUUGCCAACCGGGAUUGAGGUGGUUGGCGACGGUGCUGAUUUGGAAAAGAAUCGUGCUGGUCAAAGCUACCUGCACCUCAAAAAGAAUACCUACUUGAGAGUGCCUCUACGUGGACUUCGACAUGAGAAGCUUCGCCCUGGUGAGCCAAUUCCUCGAUACACAUUGUCUCUGGAGGUGCGGUUGGCGGACAGCCACCGAAGACUGGGAGACUCACCAUGGUCGCUCUUUCAAGCAAGCUUUCCAGAUCCCCAUUCUACUGAUGAACUUUGUGUGGUGGCUGAAGACAAACCCCAUAAACGCAAAUGGAAGGUUUUGACCAAAGAAAACGGCUUGGUUGUAACGGCAGAAGCAGACCCUAACUCCAAGGAGUUGUGCCGCCUUCCGGCAAAUGCUGUCGUUGUGGAGGAUGGCAUUCCACCAAAGAGACUUCCCACCGGUGAGCGCCGACUCCGAAUUCGGUACAAGGCUGAUGCUGCCAAACAAGCAGAAGGUGAUCUUAUUGAUGCCAUGGAACCCGAAGAAUAUAUUGUAGAGGUUGAAGCAGGAUACUUUGGAAGUGAUUUCGGGACAGCUGCUACGUCUGUCCGUGUCUGUUCCAAAGGGGUACUGAAGACCUUGAAUUUCAGACCUGGUGUAGAGGGUGGAGCUGCUGGAAUAGAUUCUGAGCAAGGAGCCAGCAUGGGUUGGACCCCUCGGGAUCGCACCAUGCACACAGUUCGCAUCACCAUUCGCAAGACCGGCUGGCAUACUUUUGAGAUCAUUGAUGGCAGCGACUCUGAGAAGACUUGGUCCAAAGAUUUCAAGGUUUUGGGAUGGUUUGAUGACUACAAAGGAAUUUCAGGGAUCGCAAUCACAGAUCCUGACAACGAAGAGCUGGAACUUGGCAAGGAGCGUGAAUACCACAACAGUGGAACCCACAAGCUGCGAUUGCGCAGAAUGGGAGAGGCAACAGCUGAUGUGGAUGACAAGUUCGACCCUCGCGGUUGGGUAACCAUCCGCAAGACAGAUAUGGAAUUGGUGGAGGAGGCGCACGGACAGAAAGCAGCAAAAGGGCCACAGUGCUUUCUAAGAGCCGGGCUUGCGGAGAGACCAGUGACAAGCAACAGGUAUCUUCGUUCAGAUCGAUGGCACACAGUGACCAUCACAUCCGAUUGCCAAGAUCGAACAGUGCUUGUUUUCUUGGAUGGGAUGCAAGCUACUGAAAAGGAGAUCAACAUUGGAACGACCUCAGCCGGCCUUGGUGCUGACGACGCUGGUAGAAGAGUCCAAGGUCCAGUCAGUCCACUAGAAAUGCUGGCGACAAGUGGGCUUCUAACAGUUUCUCCUUAUGCGGUCCCUCAGGCUGGUUUCCUCCUUUUCGCGAGCAGUAGCGCUCGUGGCAUGCCUGGUGGAAUCAUGUUGCGACGCAUUACCUUCUACAACACGAUGCUUGGAAGUCAGCAGGUGGAGGAACAGUAUCUGAAUUCCCGCUACCAGAGAGAGAAGAAACCACCGCCGCAGCAGCUUGCCCUGAGUCCUGCAAUGAAGAAGUCUGCGCCAUAUCUUUGGAUUCACGGCUCCUUUCUGUGUGAAUUUGCAGACUGUUUCAUCUCUAGUGCAGGUGGCGAUUUGGUUCAUUUGCUUCGCUCCUUUGUCAUCGGUCUGGAAGGUGCCUGCAAGAGUGUCGGCGAUGGGCCUUCUGGUGGGGCCCCACUCUGGUCGCCUCAGCAACAGACAGUUCUGCACGACAUUGUGGAACUAUUUCAGAGGUCCGAACCGCUCUUCAAGAAGUGGCAGCCACUCUGGACAGCAGAGGACCAUGCAGUGCCUUCCUUGGCAGCAUCAUAUGUGCGGCGUCUUCAGACAGUGCGACAAAAUCUCCGCAAUCAAGGCGGACGUUUGCUCAUACCCCUUGGCAUCAAGACGUUGGACAUUGGCUCCCAGAUGAUCAUGCUCAUUUUGGAGAAACAAGAUGGACAGACCUAUCGACUGACCAUCAUCAACUCCGGAAUGCCUGGUUUAGAUUGGCAUGCAACCUCUUCUGCUGAACCACCGAAGUUCAAAAGUCAGGCAGCGUUGGCAUUCGACAACAUCCCCAGUUGGAAGGCUGAAGACGAUGCAUUUUGGGCUAUGCUAGUCGUCACCUCUGCGAUACCACCGAGCCCGAUGAUGGCCAAGGAACCUCUUCCAAUCUAUGACAAAUUCAUCCCAUGGCUCAUCGGGUGUCCCUUGGAGCACUACUUGGUCACAAAUGUCUAUGCUUUUGAUGGCCAGGCGCCUGAGCAGGAACAGUGUGAAGCUGGUCAGGAUCUUCGAACGCCCCAAUAUGGUGGCACUGGCGCGUGGCGUUGCAUGACCUUUGCCUUGCGUUUUCUGCUAAGAGAUGCCGGCCUGCCGGUGGUGGGCGCAAAGUUCAUGAAGUGGCACUUGCGGCGCUCCUUUUUGAAACUCGCCAUCAAGGACCUUGCCUCCGCCAGCGCACUCUCCACUUCUGAGCGCACGAUAUUGAGGAUUGCAGCGAAACAGUUUGCCCUGGGAGCUGUGAAGGUGAGCAAUCGGCUGGCCUACGAUGCUCCAGAUCUGGUUGGUGCAGCGGAAAGACUUUUGUGUGAUGCUCGAGCUGUUGUGUCGGAGUUGGAGGCUGCCGUGAAUGCCAAACCAGGUGCACAUCAUGUUUGGAACGAUCCUUCCGUUUUGCCAGUUCUGGAUUUACAGAGUGGAGCAGAGGAGCAGCAGCCAGAGGCCUGGGGGCUGCACCCUUUCUUUGAGCGGCUUUUGCGGACAGACGUCAGCCCUGGAGCUGCAACUGGAGUGCCACUUUUGGUGCCAAUCAAUUUGCUGCAAGUUCCCACAGUGGUGAAUGACUUGGACGAGGUGCAUCGCGCAUUGCAGCUCUGUGAAAUCCUAUGUGCAAAGCUCGCCUUUGUAGGCAAGGAGCGCUGCAAGUUUUCCCCAUACCUGCGGGUGUCGCUCCUGCAACAUGUCUUCACAGAGCUCAUCCCGCUUCCCCUUGGCCCAGCAACACAGAAAGCACCUUUGAACCUACGUGAUCACAUUUGGGCACCUGAAGGUUGGGAUGCUGUUCAUCCACAGAUGACCCGCGCCUGCCAAUUGGAGCUGUUGCUGAUUCUUCGCCGGUUAGCAGAGCACUUUGCGGCAGCAGCCUGCACGCUUGCUUCAAACAAAGGCUUUGAUGCUACAAAGAUCACUGUAUUUGGUGCCAUUGCUACAAUCGCUGACCGCGUAGCUAGAACCACGGUACGAAGAUCGCGCGACACCGGGGCAGAAGAGGGUCCGUCUGGACUUACGGAGGCUCUGAAUGGAACUCUUGGUGGACGGCCUGUGGCCGUCGAUCCAAAUACAUUUCUUGUGCAGUCGGAAACAAUUGAAACUGCAGCACCAGAGCUCAAUUUGGCUCGAACUGCAAUUUGUGCAUACUUUUGCGAAGUGAUGAGCCACUACGAAAUCAAAAAGUUGAAGGAUGAAACGCUCUUUGAUUGGGACACCUACGGAUGGAUGAUGUAUGUGGAGAGAGAGAAAGGCCUUGAACGAAUUGUGAAGCAAAUGUGUGCAAAGCACCUUUUGGAGACUGGCAAGGAUUGGGGCAAGCUCGUUGCUGGCAAUCAAUCAGAAAAUGCCUACCUGGUUCGAACGUGGCCGGAGUUUGCUGCACUUCGAGACAUCAUGUUCUUUUGGAAGUACUUCUUGUGCACUGACCUGCGAGUUUUCCCAGACACGAGUAACUGGUCGCUCCAGGCGGCGUAUCUUGCAUGGAAUGUUGCCAAUGAGAACGAGGUUUUUGGACCACCAACUAACAGGGGCGCCAUUUUUCAGGUCAGCGCUUUUGGCACCUUGGAGCAAGUCUUCUUUUUCCCGAAUGCGUAGCGAAGGGUUCCC